AUGGCGUGGCACGCCGGCGCGACUCGACCUCACAGCAGAGGUGCCCGGCCUGGCCGCUUCGCCGACCUGUACGGCCAGCUGCUGGACCAGUUCGAGGCCGUCUCGUAUGGCGACGCGCUGUUCGGCGCCGUGGUGAUGGUGCCGCUCGAGCCGCGCCACCCGUCUGAGCUGCGCCGACUCGUCUGGAGCGAGCGGCCGCACGCGCUGCGGGCCCUCACCACCCGACCCGACCAGAUGCUGGUGCCACUGGAGCAGUUCGUCGCGUCGCCGGAGCCGGACCAGGUCGUGCGGACGGCGUACCGACGGGCGCUCGACUCGGGCCAGGUCACGGCCGCCCGCAACCCGGCCCUGUUCCGGAUCGCCUCGGCCCUCUCUGGUGCCGCGUGACCCAGGCGGUCCCCUCUGGCGCCGCGUGACCCAGGCGGUCCCCUCUGGCGUCGCGCGACCCCAGCGGCCCUGUGGUACUGCGUGAUCCUACGGCCCUCUGGCGCCGCGUGAGCCCGACGGCCCUCUGGCGCCGCGUGAUCCUACGGCCCUCUGGCGCCGCGUGAGCCCGACGACCCUCUGGCGCCGCGUGAGCCCGACGGCCCUCUGGCGCCGCGUCAUCCCAGCGACCCUCUCUGGCGUCCUGUGACCCCAGCGGCUCGGGCUGGCUUCGGUAGAGUGGAAGCGUCGGGUAGUAUGCC